AUGCAGCCCAUCCCGGGAUAUAAGACUGUCUACAACAUCCUCAAGGCUGGCUCUGGUGCCACGGUCCAAAAGGGCAAUACUGUCACCGUGCAUGCUACUGGUAGUGUCCAGGAGACUGGCAAGAAAUUCUGGUCCACCAAGGACGCGGGUCAGCAGCCCUUCACUUACCAGAGUGGUAUGGGCAAAGUCAUCACCGGUUGGGACCAAGGGGUCUUGGGUAUGCAACUAGGUGAGGUAAGGCAGUUGGUCAUACCGGCCAAUGAGGGCUAUGGUGCCCAGGGCUUCCCUGCUUGGGGCAUCCCUCCCAACGGUACCUUGAAUUUCGAGAUAGAGGUCCUCAAAAUCCAGUGA